AUGUAAAGUAAUGCUACUGAUAUCUAGCAUGACUAGCGUCUGUAAACAAUACUUGUCGUACUAUUUCAUAACGACUUUUCUUUUCUUGCGUAAUUAGUAUACAGAGUGGUGCAAUCUAACUGUAUUGUCUAUAUUUACGGGGACACUGGUGAACAUUGAAAGUUGAGUGUUGAUAUGUUAUUUCAUAUCAAAUGACAUAAGGGUGCUGAUACAACCUCGCAUGAGGAUAGGCAAUGAAGGCUUAGAAUGUGAGAGUUUGGUGAUAUAAGUAUAUUGUCAGACCAAGCAGAAGCGAUGAGUGACUCGGAUGACGACCCUCCCCAGUUGUCCGCGGCCGCCAUGGCUGCUCUACAGGAGUUCUACACGGAGCAGGCAGACGAAGACAGGAAGUUGAAGGAGGCACAGACUGGGAAGCUUGAGGACUUCACCCCACAGGAGAACUGGCAACUGAGUCAGUUCUGGUACGAUGAGGCUACUGCCACCAGACUGGCGGACGAGGCGCUGCGUGUUGUGGGCAGCACAGGGAGGAUCGCCUGUGUGAGCUCCCCGACGCUGUACAGGAAACUGAGGGACGUGAAGCCAGACAACUGCACCGUCAAGUGUUUGGAGUUUGAUGACCGCUUCCAGGUGUAUGGAGAGGACUUUCAGUUUUAUGAUUAUCGGGAACCAUUGAAACUGCCAGCAGACUGGAAGAACAGUUUUGACAUUGUGGUUGUGGAUCCGCCAUUUUUGAAUGAGGAGUGUCUGUGUAAGACUGCAAUCACUGUCCGAUUCCUGGCCAAGGACAAGAUUAUUCUCUGUACAGGUGCUGUAAUGGAGGAGGUGGUGAAAAAGCUGCUAAAUCUGAAGGUGUGUGUCUUCCAACCAAGACAUUCCAAUGCUCUGCAGAACGAGUUCCGCUGUUUCACCAACUACGACAGCGAGCUGCUUGACAAGUCAUGAUGAAGAGGCUGCUGAGUGAGAGAGAGAGAGUGAGUGAGUGUAUCCCCACCAGUAAUGUCAUCCAACCCAGACCAGUGCAUUGGUGAAUGUUGCUUAACGCUGCCCUCAGCAACAUCACGGCAGCAUGAAACUACUCCACCAAGGCAAACCAGUGACUGAAAUCAUCAGCACUGAUCACCUCCAUCAGGAUACGAUGGCCAACAAUAAGCGCAGUCAUCGAGUCUGACCACCUGAUGGGGAUACAAGCUCCGACUACUGGGUACCUAUCCUACCCAGAAUCCCCAUGGGGAGACAAACAUGGGAUACUGGGCACAAAUUCUACCCAAGUAUCCCAAUGGGGAGACAAACCUGGGCGACUGGGCACAAAUUCUUCCCGAGAAUCUCCACAGCAACAGAUAAGACACACCAGUGUCCAGUGGCAUGAGCAAUGGUUGACAUUGGUGAGAAUUGGUGACACACAGCCAACUGUUAAGUAACAAGUCUGCAGGAAAUGUUUUGUCGGCUGAUACACUAAAAGUAAUUUUUGAAUGAGAUGUAGCAGGUGUAACAUGUGUGGUAUGUAUGCUGUGUACAGUGGAAGUAAAUUGUUUCCAAUCUU